CUCAGCUCAAGAGCUCAGCUUGCUUUCCCCUCCCUGCAGCUUGCCCAACCCAACAAGCCAAGCGAGCACUCACCACACUCUCUCUAUAUCGCUGGCUAGCUAAGCGAGAUACCAUCCGUGCUAGAGACGGUGCAGAUCAUCGGUCGGUCGACGGCAUGGGGGAUCACGCCGAGAUGUUGCAUGCCGCUCCGGCCGCCGUGUACAGCGGCGCCGGCGCCGGCGCCGCCCCUCAUGGCGGCGGCUGGUGGAACGCGGCGGUGCCCGCGCCGACGUGCUCGGCGGACCUGGCCGGGUUCGGCACGUGGUCGGCCGCCCUGGCUGCUAGCUACGAUAUAGCGGUCGAGGGGGGCAAGGCCAAGAGCGCCACCACGGCCUCGUCGGAAUCGCCAGGGAACAACAGCUCCGUGACCUUCCAAGAACCGGCCGGCGUCGCCGAUCCGGCCGGCAUCGGCGCCGCCGUGCACCAGCAGCAGCCUCUUGAUGCUGGUUACACCGAUUGGACACAUCCCUACAUGAGCAGUGGAACUACUUUGCAUGGGUUCCUGCAAGAUGGCCACCAGGACAUGAGCUCAAGAACUGAGCAGCAGAGCCCCAUGGCCGCAUCAAGCAUGAUGAACCCUUCAUCGAAUAACCUAGCCCUGCAAGGUCACCACCAAGAGCAGGACCACCACCACCAGCUGCUGUCCAGCUUCGGAUCCGAGCUGCUCCUGUCGCCGACCUCACCCUACGGCUUCCAGUCGUCGUCUCUGCUAAGAAGUCUCAUGGAGCCGACGGCGACGGCGGCGAAGCCGGCUUUGCCGGGGUUCCAGCAGUAUGAUCAGUACGGCCAGCAGAUGGGCCAGCAGGCGUCACCAGCAGCGGCGAGGUUCGCGCCAGGAGCUAUCCGGGAGCCACUCCAGUUCACCAACGACGCGCCCUUCUGGAACUCUUCUGCUGCUGGGUUCGGUGUGCCGGCGGCGGCGGUGCCUGACCAAGCUAGAGUUCGUUCUGUCAAACCAUCGCCGGCGCCGCGUGCAGCAACCCUUGCAUUAAAGACUGCGUUGGAAGGAGUAGGAGAGUCUAGCUCAAUCAUCACCACCAAGAAGAAGGCGAACGGCGAGCCGGCGUUCAAGAAGCCGAGGCUCGAGACGCCGUCGCCAUUGCCAACCUUCAAGGUUAGGAAGGAGAAGCUAGGGGACAGGAUCACUGCACUCCAACAACUAGUCUCUCCUUUUGGAAAGACGGACACUGCAUCGGUGCUCCAUGAGACCAUCGAGUACAUCAAGUUCCUCCACGACCAAGUUGGUGCCCUUAGUGCUCCAUACUUGAAGAACGGCCAUCAAGUGCACGUGCCCCAGCUGAAGAGCUCAAGUCCCGAGAAGUCCAAGGACAGUCAUGGCGAGAUAUCACUCAAGGGCCGGGGGCUGUGCCUGGUCCCGAUAUCCAGCACCUUCGCGGUGGCAAGCGAGGUGCCCGUCGACUUCUGGACUCCGUUUGGCGCCAACUUUAGGUAGAAGAAGGCUGGAACGAACAGCUCUGAUCAGAAGCGUCGUUGAACGAAUAGCUAGCUAUAGCUACGCAACAAAGUCGACCGACCUGAUGAUCGAUGUCUUAAUCUCGUCUACUAGUAUAUGAUCAUAAUUCAUAGCUAUAGUACUAAGCAGCAGCAGCAGCAGCAGCAGCUCUGGCAGUGACAAGGAUAGCACACUGAGCUAGCAGCUAGCUAAGAUGAACCUUUGGAAUGAGUGCUUGAAGACUUGGAUUCAUUCUCCAGGUUCAUCCGUCAGAGAAUAAUAAGGGAUCAGCUAAUAUAUUAUUUGCGAGGGCACAAGUCUCUACUGAUCGUCAGCAGCGUCUAAUUAUGAUUGGUUGUUAGGUUUCAUCAUUGGGUAGUUGCGAAAGGAUUUGUUAAAGAUGUGUAAUGGUUUUAGUUUAAACUAGUGACGACCAUGGAUCAAAGUGUGUAGCAGGUUUCUAUUGAUUGUACUACCAAAUAAAAGUGGCAUCUCUUGGAUUGAUCAGACCUCGCUUAA